AUGCUUAUUAAACAAUCCUUCAAAGAUCUUGCCACAUCUUUCGACUCCACAAUUAGAAUCCACGUUGUAGAGCCAACGGUUAAGGGCUACCCAAACGCCAAAUUUCCAGCAGUGUUAGUCUUUUCGGAAAUUUACCAGGUUACUGGCCCAGUGUUGAGAUUCGCACAAACCAUUGCAGCCCAGGGAUACAUUGCCGUGCUUCCUUCCUCUUACCAUAACUUUAUUGACUCCACACCGCUAGCCUAUGAUGUGGAAGGCACUGAUUUGGGGAACGAAUUGAAGAUCACUAAACCCUUGGAAUCAUACGACGAAGAUGUAACAUUGUCCCUAAAAGUUUUGGAAGAUAUGCCUAACUGGAACGGUAGGGUCGGGGCCACCGGUAUGUGCCUCGGUGGCCAUUUGGCAUUUAGAGCUCAAUUGGAUCCAAGAAUCAAGGCUACCACUUGUUUCUUCCCAACUGACAUCCAUUCACAUUCGCUAGGAAAGGGUAAAAAUGAUGAUACUUUGGAGAAAGUAACCGCCAAUUGGCAGAAUGACCAAGAAUGUAUACUAAUCUUUGGUACAAAGGACACCCAUGUUCCAUGGGAGGGUAGAGACCAGAUCAGAAAAGCGGUGAAGGAUAAGCCAGUCACAUUUUUGGAAAUUAACGGUGCCCAACACGCCUUCAUCAGAGAUGAAUUCAGCAAAGGUAGAUAUGAUGCUACCAUCACGAAAGCAUGUCUCGGAUUUAUGUUUGAACAAUUCGAUAGGAAGCUAAAGAGCGAAUUGGGCGACUUCGUUGAUGACAAUGCCCCAAUUGAACAUGUUUGUUAG